UACGUCGGUAUUCAGCCAUAAGCCGUUUUAAGGCAGCCCCAGCCAUUUCUAAAUAUUAAUUCCUACGUUUUAUUGAGCUUGAUUAAAUUAAAUCAAGCCAUUUUGAACAAAAGAUCAACGAUCCUUGAAUCCUUGAACAUUCCUGAAUUUUACAAAACAACAACAACGUGCACUCCCGAAGGGUGCACGAAGUAUUUGCGACGCUGGCCUAUAUAUGUCAUAAUGUCAUUGGAUGGACUAAUCCCAAAACAAAAUGGCGACUCCAGCAUCAUCGCAACUUUUGCCUUUGGGUGAGAAAAUUUACCGGUUUUAUGCCGUUUCUGUUUGUUGUAGCUGGUGUAAAAGUUAUAUAUUAACAUAUUUCAUGUAACGCUUGUAUUUAUUGUUGUAUAAUGCAGGUUUAUGGUUAAUUUUGUUGAUUUUUAAUCGACUUUUGUAACUUGACAUUUCCACGUGAGAGUCGCGAGUGACAUGACCACGUGUUUCUAUUUUGAUUUUUAUGCCUGUUUCCAUAUGGUUGCAACUGUCGUGACACCUACACUUGUCGCACGGAAGGUCUUCCGUCCACGCGCAAAAAUUCAUGUGCGCAAAAUUCUAUUUUCACGUGUGUCAAGUGUGCACUUGGCCUGUGAAAGAUAAAGGUAUUAAGCUUUUACAUGCACGAAAACAAGUGUUGGGUGCACAUAAUUUUAUGAAAUAGAAUUCUUGUGUGUGCACAAAGUUUCCAGUCUGGACUGUCACAAGUUAAUUUCGUACCCAGGGACAAUCUCGUUCCCCGAACCUGCGAUCCUCGGGAAGGAAUCGAAGGCUCUGGGAUAAUCCGUUACCGGAAGCCAAGAAUCCUGGCUAAGAUUGAACUACGCAUUCCAUUUCAAUGGCCAAUCAGAUUCCUCCCUGAAACGGAUUAUCCCAGAGCCUCGCGUUCCUUCCCGAGGAUCGCAGGCUCGGGGAACGAGAUUGACCCAGGGAUUGUACAAGCAGCUGGGGGCAGUUUUAAAAAGACAAGCACAGCCCCCAAAGGGGACCUUUGCCCCCCCGAUUAUCACAAAACUGUUGCCAUGCUGUAAUUGUUCUGUUUCCAUUAAAACAUAACUGUCAUGACAUGUUUUUAGGCUGUUGCAACUGUCAUCCAGAUAGAACUCGAGUCUCUCGACAACACUGUUGUAACUGUCGUGAACUGUUUCCAGCGUGUUGCGACAAGACUUUUCUUCAGACUGUUCUUUGGUUGCGAACACUACUCUGAAUACAGUUACACAACACAUUUGCGGCAGUUACGACCAUAUGGAAACCGGGAUUUAGAAUUAGUUCGAAAAUGUUCAGUAAAGUUGAUCUUUUGUUCUGUAGAAUUGAUUGACAAAUGUGUUGGAUCAAAAAUUCAUAUUAUAAUGAAGAGUGACAAAGAAAUUGUCGGGACAUUACUUGGUUUUGAUGACUUUGUCAGUAUCCUUUUAUUAAAGUAUUUGAAAAAUAUAAAAUUUGAAAAAUAAUGAGUGAAAAAUGGGAAAAAAAAGGAAUAAAAUGAUACUCCAGACUGGAAAGUUUAGAAAUUACACAGCUGAGAUUUCGAAAAUUUAAUAGUAAAAUAUAUAGAAAGCAUCAAGUUGCGCAAGCAGUAUCUCGGCUGGCGAUACAAACUGUCCACACUGGAUGUCAUGAUACUUUUAAUGGGACAUAAUUUUAAACUCAUACUUUGGCUUUUAAAUUAGUAGGGGACUAGGGCCAGUCUGCUAAGUUUACUAUGUGCACAAAAGAUAUUCGGCCAUGCCCAUUUAUCAAGCGUAUAUAUAUUUAUAAUAUAGCAUUUGUAAAUUCUGAACGCUGAUUGGCUAAGAGCCGUGUUGAUAUAACUCAAUGUCAACACGGAAAAUUUUCCGCCGCUUGUAAACACAGAAAUUUUUCUUAUCCUUCGGGCUUUUGACAUUGCUAUAUUAUAAAAAAAAUAUAAAACAUUUUUUCCGUAUUGAUAUAUAGUUAUAUCAACACUCGUGGAAGUUGGGAAAACUCGAAAUUGUAUGAAAACACUCCGCCCUUCGGGCGUCGUGUUUCCAUACAUUUUCUCGUUUUCCCAAUUCCACUCGUGUUGAUAUAACUGUAUAUCAACACGGAAAAUGUUUUAUAUUUGUUAAAUAUAGGUGUGCAUUUAUUCAGAAUUGGAGACUUGUGUGCACUUUGCAUGCAAUAUAAUCUUUCAACAAAGAAAUUUCCUUGAGAAUUUUGUUGCAUUUCCCCCACUUUUCCAGCAUUUUCCCCACUUUUCCAGCAUUUUCCCCACUUACAGUAAAUGCACACUUUCUGCACAAAAAUAAAGGAACUCGAUUUCUAUUUAGACUAGAUAAAGUCCUUUACUUUUAUCAAAAGUUGGGCAGGCGGUUGGUUGUUAAAACAAAAAAUUUAUUUAAGAUUUACAUCAAAUAAACAUGUGACACCUGAAGGUACUUUAUUUCAGGACUGCUAUACUUGACUUCUACAUGUUAAGUGACACAUCAUUAAUGACAAAGAAACUCAUGAAAAUUUUAAAUUUCAACAUAGACAAAACUUUUUUGUAAUAAAAAUAUAGGGGAGAGACUGAUAUAAACGAUUUUAGACCUUCAACCCACCUCUUAUUUGAGAAAUAGCUGUUAUUUAUUCUUGAUGUUAAAUUUAAGAUAUGGUAUUGGAAGAUGUUACAGAAUUGUAAGUACCGUAAUCUUGAUCGGCCUGUGCCAUAGGUACUAGGUAGUGCCAUGCCAAUAAUAAGAAAGCGUGAAGGGCCUUUGGUACAUCCCUAGUUCUAGUGACAUACAGUCAGCUCACUGUUAAAAUAUCAGAAAAAAUUUUGGAAUACAAUGCAAAUGACAUUACUUUAGUUAAGUAAACACAGUUCACUUUUCAAUCUUGAAAAUGAAUAUAUUGUAAUUUUCUUUUUUAUCAGUGAAAAUACUGCUGAAGGUCGAAGAGUUACAAAGCUUGAUCAGAUCCUAUUGAAUGGCAACAAUAUUACUAUGGUAACAUAAAAUGUAUUUUGGUUGUGUACUGUAUUCAGUACACUACCGCCCGUAUUCUAAAAGUUCACUCACACUCAAUGAGUGGAGGUUCAAUCUGAGCUUCUCUUGAGUGUUAAAGCUGUUUUUGAAUAGCUGGAGGGUUAGUGUCGUAUGUUACUAUGUGACUACUCACCCUCCAGCUAUUCAAAAACAGCAUUGACACUCAAGAUUGAACCUCCACUCAUUGAGUGUGAGUGAGCUUUUAGAAUACGGGCGUACAUGUGCAUGACUUGUAGAGCAGCAGAAUUUUAACGAAGUUUACCUUACUUGUAGAUCAGCAGAAUUUUACUUGUAGAUCAGCAGAACUUUAAACAAAUUUUACCUUAGUUUAUUAAAUGUAUCUAAUUAUUAAUUACAUGUACAGUACAAUACAGUACAAUUUGUUUAAAAUUCUGCUGAUUAUCCAUUUAGAAUAGAAUUAAUUUAAUCUUUUAUUCCUUCAUUUUAGCUUAUACCUGGUGGAGAGUAUCCUUUAUUUUGAAAUACAGCCUGUGUUCCAGCUCUUAUAGGGUUCAAGGUACAGUAGAAUAGCAUAGACACAACAUGAGGUGAGGAAAAUACAGUAUGUGUGCCAGGGACUAGUGUUUCCUAGCUCUACACCCUCUGCACACACUCUGCAUUGUUUUUCAGGAUGUAGUGUUUUCUGCUUUUCUACCCCCCCCCCUGCCCCCCACAUAUAUGACACCCACUACUCAGGCUGUUAAGCCAGAGGCUUAAGCUGUCUGCCUGUAAUUCAAAUGAAUUGCUCAUUGCAAACUUUGACAAUAUAUUUUUCCUUGACAUUGUACACAGAGGGCCAGACGUCAUAUAAUGGUGUCGUUCAAUCCUUGGAAUACAGACUACCAUAUAAAAAGGACUACAUUAAUACCAAGCACAUACUUUAUUUAUACAAACUGUAACUUCAUGAUAUAGAUGUGAAUACACAGUACUUUGAGUAUUGCUUUUUUUAUAUAUUUUUUGGCUAUUUUUGUAUUCUACAUGUCAAUCUGAUUUUCAAUCUAUUCAGCAAGGUAAGGAAAAAAUGUGUUUGGUCAUUUGCAAAUAAUUUAUCUAACUGUGUAUAUUACUGUACCAUAAUCCAUAUAUUAUAUAGUUUAUAGACCUUAAUGAGAAUUGACUGAGGAUCUGUAUGUAUGUUCAAGAAAAACAACAAAACAUUACUAACUAAAGGUACUGUAUGAUCCUUUUUACCAGUAAUUGCUAAUAACAUUAGUUUUCAUUCAAAGUCCUAAAGAACUUCUGAACCUUUUUAUUACCGGUAUUAGAAAGGUCUAUGCAUAAUCAUAUGUUUCCUUAUUUUUGUAUCAUAAAAUGAUUUCAUUUUUAAAACUUGAUGACAGUUCUUUGUAUGGUAACACAAUAGAGUUUCGCACCAACAGUUCAGGAUUGAUUACAACAUUACGUCCUGGACAAAAGAAAAAGGCAUGUCAAAUUAAUGUCUGUUUAUAAUAUCCAGUGCAUCCUAGCUUAGAUCUACAGUAGAUAAACUUGACAGUAUCAAAACUCCUGUGUUUACCUAGCACAGUCGUAGAUGCGAUCAAUCGUCCAUUUUUCUGAAAGAGAGACUCGCUAGCUAAACGAGCAUGGGGUUCAUUAGGAUUUGGUUCAAACUUAGUGCCUUCGAUUCUUGACCACGCUCCAAUGACACAGUUCCAACCAACUAUACUGUAUAAGAUGCAACAAUGGUCCUGAAACGUAGAGUAAAAGUUGAAUUACUUUUAAAAUCGUUCAAGCUUGAAUCAAACCUCUUUCUUUAACCACUGUUACAUACACGUUAUUUCUU